AUGAUCACAGAAACGAGAAUUUCAUUUAGAGAUAGUUUAGGUGCUUCUUUUGGGUAUGAUACGUCUUCAAGUCCAGAGUCUGAAAAGGUGGUUUUGAGAAAAAGACCAAGAGUUGGUGAUGAAGAUUUAGGAAAAGCGUCAAAAAGGCUUACUUUACAUAAGGUUUUCAGUAAGGGAAUAAAAAGACACUAUGACUAUAAGCCAAACCCUUUAUUCAGUGCAGAGCAAAUGAAUCUGACUGGUGAUUAUACUGAGGAUAUGAUUCGUGUUAUUGAUGAAGGUGCAGAAUCGGAUAUAUUAGACUCUAGUGAUGUCUAUAGUUAUGAUCAAGAAGGUACACCAAUAUCUAAAACAAAGAGGUUACACGGUCUUAAUAAGUGGUUGGGUAAAAUACAUCAUUAUGGAAAACAAACAAGACUAAGUAAGAUAAGACAUAAAAGAAGUACAUCUCAAUUUAUUCAUCAAAAGAUAUUGAAUACGCCAAUUGAAGAGGAAAUUCCUGACGAUGCAUAUACAUGUUAUCACCAAUACAAAACAGAGAACUUUGACAAGUACUUCGAUACGUUGAUGCUAAGGAACCAAGAUACAAAAGAAUUUAGUGAUAGAGAUCAAAUUCCUGUUUAUUCUCCAUUAAAUGAAUUAACAUAUGAAAAUCUUCAAAGCUUGAGAAAACAACUUUUCACUCUUCCUCCAAUGACUGGUGAUUCAAACUCUGAAUCUGACACUGAAGAAACUUUAAGAUCUAACAGCGGGAACGUAAAACAAGGAGAGAAAUUCACUACCAAUGAUAUCAGUAAUAAUGAGUAUGGAGUGGUAGCUCAACCUCCGUCGGAUCUUUCAGAUAGUGCAACCGCAGAAACAAUCUCUGAAGUUGGAACCCCGUCUGAUGAUGAUAACAUUGAAAAUACCUCUGGAAGCACUAAUGAAAUUGCUCAGUUUCAUCCAAUGUUAAGAUUACCAAUAGAAGAUCAAAACUCAUCAACUUCUUCCACAAGUGCUCAGCAGGAUUCUGCUGAAUGUCCUCAGUCUUUGGUACCAGCAAAUUCUGGAGAGAAUAAUAGAGAGCAGGGCAAUCUAAUAAUUGAGCAUCGUCCAAUUGGGUCUGAAGAUGACCCUCCAAGAGACGAUAUAUUUUCACCAGUUCCAACUCCUGAAGUGUUUAAAGCUUUAUUUGAAAACAAUCAAGACCAAGGAAACAAAUAUCUGUAUGGAGUGGGAUCUCCUCAUUUUAAGGAAGCUGAAACCAUUUCUUUGGAUGAAGCAUUGAUAGAUCAACUAGAGCGUAAGUAUUUCCCUUUUAUAUUUUGUGAUAUUUGGAGACUAACAUGUUCUUUUUAG